AUGGGACUCAGCUGCUUCAAGUCCUGGAAACAUGACAGAGCCGGCCUCAAAGGAAACAGAGACGUUUUGGCCAGCCCGGGUUCCUAUUUCUUCCUGUCCAACAGCGCCGGCCAGGGGGACGAGUGGCUGAAAAGCCUCAAUAGGGGAGUCUGGAUCCCCUUCACAGGUGUCUUUGGUCAGCGUCUGGAGGAGACGGUGCUGUACGAGCGGCGUUACGGCGUUUGCUCGGUUCCCCUGGUGGUGGAGCAGUGCGUGGCCUUUAUACGAGAGCGGGGCCUCCAGGAGGUGGGCUUGUUUCGCCAACCGGGACGGGCCAGCUCGGUGAGGGAGCUGCAGGAGGCCUUUGACGCCGGGGAAAGGCCCUCCUUCGACAGUAACACAGAUGUCCACACGGUGGCAUCACUGCUGAAGCUCUACUUGCGGCAGCUACCUGAGCCUUUGGUUCCUUUCGGUCACUACCGGGACUUUCUCCUCAGUGGGCAAAAGCUUUCGAGUGACCGCGCGCAGGGCUUGGAGGAGUUGAGGAGUCUUCUUCAGGAGCUGCCGGUGGCCAACUUCAACCUUCUUCACUUUAUAUGCCAGUUCCUCAACGAGGUGCAGAGUCACUCAAAAGGGAACAAGAUGAGCUGCCAGAACUUGGCCACGGUCUUUGGGCCCAACAUUCUCCGAGCUAAGGCGGAGGACCCGCAAAGCAUCGUGGGAGGUGCAGCACUCGUCCAGGUGCUGAUGUCGGAGUUGAUCAGGGAGCACCAGUCCCUGUUUUCCAGAGUCUCCCUAGCAGCUCCCGCGCAAACAGCCAGAGGAUUUCACGCGUCGCCCGGUCCUCUCAGACGAGCGCAUCUGCACCAAGCCCCCUGCCUUCGCCAGAUGUCGCUGCCACUUAUUGCCGAGCCGUGCCGGGAGUCGGGAGAGAGUAGCAGUACAGAUACCUGUUUCGCUUGCUCGUGCAGCUCAAUCCCUUUGUCGUCGGAAGUCACCUCCAACCGCGAGAGCUUCCUGGGCCAUCGCUACACCUCGUCGCAUCCGGAAAACUGCUUCUUCCCGCUAUCGAGUCAUCUCCUUCAGAACCACACCGAGGAGAGAACAAGAGAUCAACAGCAGCACUUAACCAGUUGCCCAUCAUCCCCUGCAAAUGUUCGCAGCGAUGCAAAGCCGACAUUUGCGCCCAUGGACCGGAUGGAGGUCUGGACCGCUCUGGGAGAGGCAGCAGGCGACACAGGUGGCAAAAAUCUGCACUUGACGGAUGUUAAAAAACAAACAAACCUCUCUGCAGCAGGGGGCGGCUACCUGUGGAGUUCAAGUGCCACUCAGAUGGCAGUCGCUAAAGUUGAGGGCGCCCAAGAGGCCAGCGGGGACAGCAGUGAGGCGCAGGAAGACAGCACGCUAUCCCAUUAUGACAACUUGGACAGAGCGUCUUCCAGUCAGACAUUGGACGACAUUGCAGGUGAGCAUUUGGACCCAAACAGCGAGGAAAACUCUGGCCAAGAAUCAGAGGAGGCGUGGCAGACAGUGGGCGACUCCUCGUCGUGGUCCUCCUGCGAGAUUAUACCUCUGGACCAGAGGCAAUAUCCCGCAGGUCGGGGUAGUCCAGUCUUGACGUCCCCCUCACGUCAAGCUGUAGAUGAAAAACAUCUUGACGCUGACACAGACAGUGACCAUAACGGAAGACGCCUGAACACCCCGACAUCCGGGUCCAUCCUCAGCCCCAUCAGCACCGGGAGCUCAGAGGUGUUCCUACCGUCCGCUCCUCCGGACGAUGCUCAGCCUCUCCUAGGCAAACUUCGACAGCAAAUGGCCCAGCAGACGUACGAGUACCAGUCCAGGAUACACAGGUUGGAGCGCUGCAAUGACGCCCUCGAGCGGCAGGUGGCAGCACUGCGCGACCGCCUGGAGCAGCAGAGGCGCAGUCGGAGCGCGGCGGAGGUCAGGAUCGGCCAGGUUGAGCGGGCCAGGGCGGCUGCGGACCACCGCAACGCCACACUGCAGGCGGACAUGGAGCUGUUUUUCCGGACACGCGGAAAGAUCAGAACGCGGGAACGGGGGCAUGAGGGAAAGAGAGACCGACGCAUCUUAAAGAGUCUGUGAGGACGGGGGGAAAGAUGAAGAAUUAGUUGUGCUGGACUUACAGCUUCUAUAUUUGGAAACAACGCACAGCAAGUCUGCGUUCAUUUGCAUGAGUGACGGAAAGAACCCGAGUUCCUUUAUUUGUUGACGCAAUAUUAAAGGGGCACC